UCACGUGACAGGGCAAUGCACUUCCGGUAAAUAUUGUGAAAUGUAUUCGAUAACAUUUCCAAAAUAAGGAUAGCAUUCAAAAUGAUACCGAUACAUUACUGCUAUUUCAUUAUACAGAAAGGACAUAUCCUGAAAUGACGGAUUCAUCAAACGUCCAGUCGUCGUCCCUGUCAGUGGAUGCGCCGGUCUUCACUCCGGGAAGUUAUGGUGCCAAUGUGGGCGUGGCCUCACCUGCCAGUCACACUGACGGACAGCUAGGGGGGGUGCCCCUAACAGAGGUGCCAGGCUACAUCACAAGCUGCUUCCCCUUUAUACAGCCCGAUCAGGGACCAAGGGGAAAUAGCAAGUGGGGGGCACCUGGCGGGGGGCGUGGACGUGGUACCGGAAGGUCAUUUACAGGACGAGGAGGCAAGUCACGGGGCAGAGGCAUCGGCAACUCUUCUUACCUUAGUCAGCACUGGUCAACCAAUGUACAGGGCUACGUGCCCCCCGGCCAGAACCUGCAGGGGAUGACCUUCGACGGGGGCACAGCCACAGGCAUGGGGGACGGCCUGCUACCUACCCCCUUGUUUACCCCCAGCUCCGGGCAGCCAGGGAUGAAUGGAUACAAUAAUAAUUAUGGAAUGUAUGGUAUAAGCUCAAUACAUCAACAGAUGGCGUCACCUUCGACGUGGAAUAACUUUCCUACAUCACAGGGAAACAAGUUCUCAUCAAAUGUGAAAACCAAGCAGGUCGACUCUGGGAACUACACAUCAGCACAGAAUCAUGAUAAAACAUGGCCGCCUAACUCAUUUGUUGGUUGUCAUGACGACAGUAAAUCAAGAUCAAGACCCCGGACAAUCAUUUGUAAAGAUAUUUCUGUUCAAACAGAUUUCUCAGAUGAACUCGCUGCCUUGACUCUUUCCCAAAGACCAAAUGCCUUGUACACUGUUUCUCAUUCAUGGAAAAGGAAGGAGAAAAACAGUUCCGAUUCCAACAUUGUGUCUUACACAUCCGACUCGGAAGUGGACUCCGACAGUGGGUACAGUAGUCCCUUACAUCGGAGAAAUGUUCGGUCCAAUGGAACUGACCCAGUCGGUCCGUUGUUACUCCCUACGCACCCAGAACCGGAACAUGGACGCAACUUGUUUGGACGUAACCAUAGCACCAAGUCACCUCAAAGUGGGCAGCAAUUGACUUACGCAACGAUUGCUCAACAAAAACCUGGCUCGCGGAGAACGUUAAGUUACAGUGAUGUAGCUGCGUCUCAGCUAAUCGCCACCUGUGAUAACACAAAUCUACCUUCUCAAAGCCCUGUUACUGUGAUACCUGUAAAUAAUGAAUCGGACGUUAACGAGGGCAUGCAGAAGGCAGAGGGAGGGAAAAGACGUCGAAGACGGAGAAACAGGAAGAGGAAAAAGAAGACACAAGAGGACGGGGGACAAAGUGAUGGAUUGUCUGUGACCGGGAGGACGUUCUCAAGCUCAAAUGUGUCACGCACUUCGGAUGUUACUUUACAUUUUGAGGAUGAUAGUGAGUUCCCGGAUCUGUAUCCUAGCAACGUGGAAUCUGGUCAGGAGCGGGAUGUGGAUAUUAUCUCACGCCAGAGCUCCAUAUCUUACAGUCAGAUCCUGAAGUCGAGUCCAAGUUCACAUGUAUCUCGAUGUUCGUCACGUCAGUCAGAUGAUUUUGAUUUGAGUCGUGAACAGACUGGAGAUGAAAAUACUGAUAACUGGCAAGACUCAAAACAGGAAUCCAAGAGUGCUCGGAAACGGAGGAAACGGAGAGAGCUUGCCAACAAGGCAGCAGAGGUUGAGUUGGCAGAGAUCAGCCUGGAACAGCAGAUGCUGAAGGAGCUGAGUCUCAAACCCAAACAGGGCCUCACAGGAAGUCAGGAGGGGAGUUCUGGCAAGUCACAGAAGACUUCCAAGCAAGGGGGAAUAAUCUCAGAGCCAUCUGUGGUGCAAGAGUCCAAGAAAGAUGCCAGAGGAGGAGGAGGGAAGAAGUCAAAACAACCAAUUGCAUUUGAUAUUGGUGCUAUGAUCACUGCACUGGAGAAGAAGAAAGAGGUGAACCUGGAAGAGGAGAGGAAGAGCCCUGGACGGAAGAAAGAGGAGAAGCUGCAGUCCAAAGUGUCAGCCAAUAUCUUGGAUUCAUCCGCACCUGCCAAACGAGGAAAAGAGAGAGAAAAUGCAAAGCCCAAGAAACCAAGUCCCUUGAAGAAGGUGAUCCUGAAAGAGCGGGGAGCAGAAGAAGAAGAUGCGGCUUCUGGACGAUGUGGCAGGAGUGUUCACACAGGACCGCCUGUGGGUAUUGGCGUGGUUAAUGCGGAGAGUGACCUGUCACAAGACGGUUUGAGUUCCAAGAGUUCGAUGGAGCUUGGCAACGGAGCAUCAACCAGUGCCGACCUGUCCCCCAUCAGCCAAACGUCCCCAAUUUCCAUGAGCCCGCUGUCCCCUGGGACUAGCCCCCUCAGCUCUGGCGUCAACAGCCCCAUCACCGGCGGCCACAGCAAGGACCUCAAGGCAAUGAUGAAAAUACACAGUCGCAGGUUCAGAGAGUACUGUAACCAGGUACUGGACAAGGACAUCGACAUGUGCUGCACAGAGUUCCUCCAGGACCUGGUCCGAUUCCAGGACCGCAUGUUCCACAAGGACCCUGUGAAGGCGAAGAUGCGGCGGAGGCUGGUGUUGGGGCUGCGGGAGGUGACAAAGCACCUGAAGCUGAAGAAAAUCAAGUGUGUCAUUAUCUCACCCAACUUGGAGAAGAUCCAAUCAAAAGGAGGUCUUGACGACGCCCUCAACAACAUCCUCAACAUGUGCCAGGACCAGAACAUCCCCUUCGUGUUUGCCCUGGGUCGCCGCGCUCUGGGUCGGGCGUGUGCUAAGCUGGUUCCUGUCAGCUGUGCUGGAGUAUUUAACUAUGAUGGCUGUGAAGAGACGUUCAACAAGCUGAUGGACUACACAGAGAAGGCACGGCAGGCGUACAAUGAGAUGGUCCUGUGCAUUGAGAAGGAGAUGGAGGACAACCCCCACCGCGGCACAGCCCACAUCUACGCUCACAUGGGACACUCCCGAACACCAUCGGGAUGCAGUGUCAUGUCGUUCACCAGCAGCAUACUCUCGGAACCAAUCUCGGAGAACUACCCCCACUCUGAACCCGAGACAGACAGUAAGGGCUAUGAAAUAGUCAAGGAUGUCCCACAAAGCAGUUAUCUUAUUGUUGAAAAUGGCCUGCAUCCUGAAGUGAAGGCUGCUCCAAGCUUUCCAUCGUCAGUGGAUGAGAUAGAUGACGGGAACGAGGCAGACACAGAAGACUGCUCAGAUGUCCCUGUUAAAGUUCCCAAUGAAAAGAGUUCACCUCAGGAUGAUAGAAUGGCAGGUGAAAGUGAGGCUGAAAACGAGAGUGAUGCUGCAGGUGAUUCUGAGGAUGAAGAGGAGGAUGAGCUUUCAGAAAGUGAUGACACAGCCAGUUCCCAGCAUGCAUCUGACACCGUGGAGGAGCUGCCACAUAUCGACUCCAUCCACACAGGAAACUUUGAUCUCAGUGCUGAAAUUCUCUCUCAACAUUCUGGCCGCACUUUGGAUAGAAGCGAGGUGAUGUCGACCCACUCAUCACGGACAAUCGGCGACGGGAGCUCAACCAUCAUGACGGACUUGAUAGGGAUGGAUAGGAGCAAGUCCGAUGUCACAAAGCCGUGUGAGAGUCCAGUGCCCGGUCAGACUCGCCUGAAGCUGAGUGAUAACGACCGCAUACAGAGCUGGGUGGAUGCGUCCAAUACAAAUCUCUCUGGAGUGGAGGAGAACUCAGAUAUCGAUACUGUGCACAGCGGAAGCGUAACAGAGUCGGAAAAUGAAUCUGAGAGUCAAGGCUAUGUGAAAGGUCAGCCUCUUAAACCAAUCAGUGAGUCGGGAGAAGGCGACCUUUAGCAAUCAGUGAUGACCAUGCAAUAACCCUUGUGUGUAUAUAUAUAUACCGUCGGCAUACAACUCUCAAACAAACACAUAUGUUGAUUGUGGAAUGAGAGUAUUGGUAUUUUGUUAUGUCUUGGUUGGGGAUAAAUUCAGAAUUAUAAUUCAUAUGGUAACCUUGACCUUCUAGCCAUUUUAUAUCACAGAGUUGUGUCUAUCAGCAAGGCCUAGUCUUGAAGAUAGAGAUCACAAGUUUCAGAUUUUCAUCGUUAAUCCUACAAAUUUUCAUUCUGUUUUGAUGUGUGCAACCAAUGUCUCGUUGUCAUUCCCUCAUUAAUCUGACAAAUUAUCGUUGAAACGGAUAGAUGUGGCAUUAGACCCUUCCAUACACCACUGUGGCUGACAACUGUGGUUCAGAUUGUGUAGAUCGAUGCUCAUGCUGUUGAUCACUGGAUUGUCUGGUUAAGACUCGAUUCUUUACAGACUGCCGCCAUAUAGCUGGAAUAUUGCUGAGUGCGGCGUAAAACUCAACUCACUCACUCACUCACAACUGUGGUCAUUGUUUGACAGUUGCUAUGCAGGCCCCCCAGCCUAUGUUCUGUUGAAUUGCGUGUGUGGUGUGUCUGUGUGCAGCUUCCCACUAAAUGGCACUUCUUAAUUUUUAUAACAAAAAAUCAUCAUAUCGCCAUGGUGAUGAUAAUUGUGAUCAUACUGACAAUCAUGGAGUUUGUUAACUGUUUAUUGUUUGUGUUACCUGGCAACCUGUAGUUCUGUACAGGAACUUGUUGUGGGAAGGAGGACUGCUCUAUUUAUUGUUGGAAUCUGAAUGCAUCCUGUGCACCUUCUUCACCCAUCUCACACACACACCAGUGUUAAUGGAGACCACUGACAAAUAAUCUAAGGCAUUGUAAAAACAGGAAUUGAAAUUGUGAAUAUUUAUUUUCAUUGUGCUUAAUGAUUUUUGUAUUUUGAAAAGUGUGUUUGGUGAUUACAGGCUUUGCAGGAACAUAAUUCACUUCCUGAAGAUAUUACUGCAUGGACUGUGUUAUAUUGUUAAAGUUUUCAGACAUUUUCUGGUAUAAAUAUAGCUGUAGUGUUUCUGUCUCUAUCAACUCUUAUAAAGAAGCAAAUAAAAGUAUGAUUAAGGGUUAUCUCCCUGUGUUGUUUUGGUGGCAAUUGCUGAUUGGUCAGAAGUGUAAGUAGUGACUGCUGUCUGGUGUUUAUGUGUAGCUUUACUGGCCAGUCAAGCAAGUGUCAUUUCUAAACUAUAAAUACUGGCCAAUCAAGCAAGUGUCAUUUCUACAAUAUAAAUACUGGCCAAUCAAGCAAGUGUCAUUUCUACACUAUAAAUACUGGCCAAUCAAGCAAGUGUCUACACUAUAAAUACUGAAACAAGAUGUUAAUUACUACUGGAAUAAAGUAACUGUGCGUUAUUUGUUGUUAUGCCAUUUUUCAAUCCAAAAGGUAAUUACAUGAUUUGUGGUGUUUUCCUUAAUCACUGAUUAACUGUUGACUGGAUAAUAUCGAAAUCUGUAUGAUCGUGACACGCACUUUAAGAGAUGUGGUGUCAAAAGUCAGUUCACAAAUUCAGUUUCGUGUCUGUCUGUCUGUUGAUGCAGGCUUGACACUGACGACAUUGUUGUUGUUCCAUGUCUGGACCAGCGCUUGUCCCAGUUCAGCUGACGUCAAUGGCUGACUCUGGGCUUGACGUAAGCGUCUCUCCAUUUCAUCCCAAGCGUGCUCGAUAGACGACAGGUCCGGAGAAACAGCUGGCUAGGGGAGUACUGGAAUGUUCUGCUGUCUCAGGAAAUCUGGCAUGACUUAAGUGCAGUUUAGGUUGAAAUUAGCAUGUUUUCCACAAGAUUCAGAGGCUAGAGUGUAAUCAACCGUUCUUCAUUUUCAAUAUCAAGUAUGUGAACUCCACGUUUAAAAAAGCACGAAAAAAGACGAAGUGCACGAGCCAAGCACUAUACGUGAUAUGAAAUUUCAUGCACAGUGCUUUGCUACAUGUUUAUUUAGGGUUAUUUUUCUAACUUUUCAAAUAACUUUUAUUUUAUGCAAUUUUAUGUUAUGCACAGUUACUUUUUUCCGUUAUGAUAGUUUGUAUUUUACAUAGGCUAAGUACAGUGCAGUAUUUUUUACCUGAAAUUAUGCAGGUAUGUUGAUAUCUAUUUUUUUGACAAUGAUACAAUAUUAAUGAUGUCUAUUUUCCUAUUACUCCGCAAUUUCCGGUUUUCAGCUUUUUCAGCAGAUUAUGUGUCAAGGUUUUCUGUUAAAUAUGUUAGUCAGUAUUGCUGAAAUGGCCAAGCAGGUUGUCUGGUGAUGAAGUGGCCAAACAGGUUGUCUGGUGAUUAAAUGGCCAAGCAGGUUGUCUGGUGAUGAAGUGGCCAAACAGGUUGUCUGGUGAUGCCAAAUGUUUAAAACGUUUUGAUACAAGUCAUUCAGCAGUCAUCACCCGAUGGCUUGAUCAUCACACUCACCAUUCACCAAUGUAUUCAUCAUCAGUUAUCCUUCAACAGGUGCCCCCUAUGCAGAUGCCCCCUGAACAGGUGCCCCUUCAGCAGAUCCAUGGAUACCAUAAACAUUCUAUCAAAGUUAUGCUAAUCUAUACAGGUACUUAGAGAUCAUUCAAAGGUCAUCUGAAAGUAAAUCCUCAUCUAUCUCAAACUCUGGAGUAACAGUGAAUGUUUGGGAAUCAAAUGGAAGACUUCUGAAAACAUUGUAAGACACUGUUACCCGCUAUUUCCCCCUCACUACUGCUUGCUGCAAUUUACAUGUGGUUUGAAUAAGUUGUACACAAUAGAAUAAAGUUUCACAAAGCUCCA